AAAAGAAGGAGAGGGGAGGGUGUAUGGAGCAUCGUGCGGGCGCGCAGGAGGGAAUCAAAAUGAACAAGCGGAGGUGUUUGAGCUGGUCAGAGGAACUUGGACAUGUUUUUCUGUCGCUUUUGCCUCUGAGCCUCUGAGAUUCUACGUCUCAGGGUGUGGGCUGAGUCAGUCACAAAACUACGCGUUCCCUUACAAUGCCUCCGACGAAUUUGCUUCCUCUACUUCUUUUUCACUUCCUUCUCUGAUUGCUUCAUUCCCUUUUUCCCCUCUCUCAUCUCUCUCUCUCUCUCUGUCUCUCUCUCUCUCUCUGUGAGUUGAUCCAAGAAGGGGAGGAAGAAAGCAAAACAAAAUGCCUGCCACAGAUUAUCAAGGCUCUUUUCUGGGCCGAAUAAGUAUCCGUCGGAAUCAGGUGAUGGCUAUGGAAGGCAGCCAUGACCAGGAAGUAGAGGACCUCGAGCUUUUCCAGAAGCACGUUAGUGACCGAUUCGCCGAUCUCUUUUCGCCACCGUCCGAAGAUUCCACCGCCGAUGCCCUCCUCUCCAUCAGCUGGCUCCGGAAGCUCCUCGACACGUUUCUCUGCUGCGAAGCCGAAUUCAAGGCCGUUCUCAUAAUGGGCCGUGACCCUUCGCAUAUCUCCAAGCCUCCUCUCGACCGUCUCGUCCCCGAACUCCUCGACCGUGUUGUCAAAGCUCUCGAUAUCUGUAAUGCGCUGUGUCUCGGUGUCGAGUCCGUGCGGAACGUUCAGAAACUCGCCGAGAUAGCCGUCUCUGCUCUGGAACAGAGGCCGAUUGGUGAUGGCCAGGCUCGACGCGCCAAGAAGGCGCUACACUCCCUGAUCACGGCGAUGACGGCGGAGGAUAAGGACGGCAGCGCUGCCAAGUCGACGGAGAGAGCCUGGUCUUUUGGCAGGAGGGGUGCUAGCAGCGCUCCGGUGAACAAAGAGCGUGUCUCGGGGCAAUUCCGAUCGCUAUCGUGCAGCAUGGCGAGGAAUUGGUCUGCUGCCAAACAAAUCCACGCCAUGUUGUCCAAUAUGGUGGCACCGCGAGGCGCGGAGUCAUCUGGUUUGGCCUCUCCUAUCUAUGUAAUGAGCACGAUAUUUGUGUUUGUGAUGUGGACUCUGGUGGCGGCUAUCCCAUGUCAAGAGAGAAACGGGCUGGGGACUCAUUUUCCUGUGCCGAGGCAAUUGGGUUGGGCUCAACCUAUGAUAGGGUUGCAGGAGAAGAUCGCAGAAGAGUGGAAGAAGAAGGAGAAGAAAGGGUCUGCGGGACUAUUGGAGGAGAUGCAGAGGUUGGAGAAGAUAGGUCAAUCCUUGAUUGAUUUUACCGAUUCGUUUCAGUUUCCCGUGGAGGCAGAACGCCUUGAGGAGGUGAAUUCACAGGUGGAAGAGUUAGCAGAUAUUUGCAGAAAGAUGGAAGAAGGUCUGGUACCUCUACAGCAGCAAAUCAGAGAGGUAUUUCAUAGGGUUGUGAGGAGCAGAUCAGAGUUUCUCGACGUCUUGGAACAGGCUGGGAAAUUAUCUGCGCCCACUGUGUAAAGAUCAAAGGCAGCUUCUUCUUCUUCUUCUUUUACUGUUCACUCUCUGCAGCUUCUCAAGGGUUCCUAACUGAAAAGACCUCCAAGGUUUGGGGCUAGUUUCAAAGUUUUUAAGAGGCUUCCAGUUACAAUUAAUUGCUCUUUACCUGAGCCUUCAAUGUAAGUAGUUAUAGGAUUUUUUUUUUAAUUUGGUAUUUUUAUUUGGGUGGAGAAGCAUUACAUCGUUUCACCGACCGAGUUGCGCGACUGGUAACGUUGUCGCCUAGCCUGAUAUGCACUCUUGUUCUGGAAUCUGUAUUUUUUCUCUCCUAGCUUUGAUCGCCGGGUGUCUCCUCAAGCAGCGUUGUUAAAUUUGGGCUCGGGAGAAAAUGUAUAUAGCUAUAUAUAUAUAUAUAUAUAUAUCAAGUCAGUGACUUUGGAUCUUAA